AUGGCAUCGAGUUCACGUUUUUAUGAAAAUGAGGGUCGUUCUUUAUCUAGGGCACCAUUCUUUGAUGGCACCGAUUAUGCAUAUUGGAAAACAAUGAUGGAAGAUUUUUUAACUGCAUAUAGUCUUGAUUUGUGGGAAAUAGUUAGAGAUGGUCCAUAUGUCCCUAAGGAAAAGGUAAAGAGAGGAGAAGUAGAAGAGAUAGUAGAAAAGAGUAGAGAUAAGUACACGGAUGAAGAUAAGAGAUUAAUUGCUUUAAAUGCUAAGGCUAAGAGUGCAUUUCAUUGUGCUUUAAGUAGAUCCGAAUUUAAUUAUGUACAGUGUUGUAAAUCUGCUUAUGAAAUUUGGAAGAAGUUAGAGUUAAAAUAUGAAGAUUUUGAAAAGGUACAAAAGGUUCUAAGAUCUUUACCGGAGGCAUGGGAUCCAAAGGUGACAGCCAUUCAAGAGGCCAAGGAUACUAAGAAGUUGUCACUAGAUGAACUAAUGGGUUCACUAAUGACACAUGAGCUUACUCUCAAAAACAGGUAUAAAAACAAAGAAGAUUCUUUAAAAUCUAAAUCAAUUGCUUUACCUGUUGCACAGGAAUCCAAUGGAGAGGAGGAUUCAGAAGAGGAGAUUGCCAUGUUGGCUAGGAGGCUUCGAAACUUUAUGAAAAAGAAUAAAAGGAGUUUCAGCAAGACUAAGCCUGUAGAAGCCUCAAAUGAAAAGAAAGUGGAGGUUACUUGCUACAAGUGUGAAGAAGAAAAGGCCAACUUUUGUUUGAUGGCCAAAGGAGAAAAGAACUCAUCUUCCACAGAUGAGGAGGUGUGCUUGAAGGCCAAAGGUACUUCAAGCCAAUGGUUCUUGGACAGCGGAUGUUCAAGGCACAUGACUGGAGAUGCCACCUUAUUUUCGUCUCUUAAAGCUAAAAAGCAUGGAGGUAAUGUUACUUUUGGUGAUGGCUCAAAAGGGAAAAUUGUAGGUAUUGGAAAUGUGGGUAAUCCUUCUAAACUCAUGUUUGAAGAUGUCUUAUUUGUGAGUGGCUUAUCCUACAACUUGCUUAGCAUAAGUCAAUUAAUUGACAAAGGCUACAUGGUUGCAUUUGAAGAAGAUUAG